AUGUACAUAAAUUUAUAUUUGGAUUUAAGACGGGCCUUAUUCACAGGUUCUGUGAAAUCUACCCUGAAGAUCGUCCCGAGCAAUUGUUCAGUUAAUAGGCCUAGUGACUAUUCUCUGUUUGGUCCAAGUUGGAAAACCCAACUGUUUAAAUCCAACGAAUCAGACGAUUCUAAUACGAAACUCAUCUGAUUUCGUAUAUUGUGAGCGUCUAUUGAACGUCGUGCUUACGUCGUCUCUUCGACGUUGCUGCUCUUCCCACUAGUGGACAGAAUUAUCGAAAUCUGGUUCGCGCUCUUGGGAAUCUGGGAAGUCCCCUGCACG